CACACCAGUUCAGUCGCUCGCCAUGCUUUAGUUCCUAGUUAGGCACCUACAACAUUUUUCAUACACUCCGUUGGGGGGUGAUUUCACUCUCACUCUGCGCGUGGCAGUCGGUCUGCAUCCCGUAGUGGCUUGGUCGGUUGUCGGUGAUAUCGUUGACAAAGUGACAACGAAAAACUUAUUUGUGAUUGCGUUAGCGAAAUUUUCCCCAAGCGUUUUUUUUUUCCUGCGGUCGAGGUUUGUUCUGAUGGUGAAUUUGCAUCGUAAUCGUCGUACCCGCGAGGGAUUUUAAAUUGUAGAAAAACAUGCUGCAGCAUCAGCUGGUUGCCUACGUUGGGGGGAUUUUCUCCCAAGGGGAAUAUAAGUGAAAUCUCUGCAGAGGCAACUUGAAUUUGCUUGUGAUGUAAAGAUAUAUAUAAAAAAGUUAGGAAUUACGGCAUUGAGGAGUGCGACACUAGUGACCAGUUUAAAUUAAAGAUAGUGCAGAAAUCGCAACCGUUUGAUAGUGUUAGUGUUGUGCGCUUAUGUGGUGGGGAAAAUAGUGAGAUUCUUAGGUACCACGUAACAAAAGGAAGCAGCGAAAGUUGUUACAGGUCAUCUCGGGCAGUAAAUUCAUCCAGUCUGGAAAUGAGUGCACCUCCGGGAAUAGCACGGAUAGCUGAGGACAGUGACUUUGAGGCGCUGAAACGGUUGGUGGACGAUCACGAGGGUUGGACGCUGGAAUUGUCGAAAUCCGACACACAGGUGUACACGCGUCCGGUCGCCGGAUGCAACUUCAACAUGGUGAAAAUCCACACCGAGUUCGCUGACGUGACAGCGGAUAUCCUUUUUGACGUGCUGCACGAUCCGGAUUACCGGAAAGUCUGGGACUCACACAUGCUGGCGAGCGAGGAAAUUGGCAUCCUCAAUGUGAACAAUGAUGUCGGAUACUAUGCGAUGUCGUGCCCGCCUCCGCUAAAACCGAGGGAUUUUGUUUUACAGCGAUCCUGGCUUGAUACGGGGCCCCUCGGAGAACAAAUGCUUUUAUCCCGUUCAGUACCGCACAAGAAAUACCCUCCUAAAAAGGGAUACGUUAGGGCGAUGUCCUACAUCACUGGGUUCGUACUGAGAACCAACGAAAACUCAAAGACUGGAUGCAUUCUUAAAUACGUGGCGCACUGUGAUCCCCAGGGAACACUUCCACCGUGGCUGGUGAACAAAGUGACUCACACUCUGGGGCCCCGCAUGGUUAAGGAUCUUAAAAAAGCGGCACUGGGAUACAUAGGCUGGAAGCAAACACAACCGCAUCUACGGAAACCGUGGCGAUUCCCGGAGGAAAUUAGCGGCCCCAGAAUAUCGAUAGAAGACUGUCUGGAAGUUGUUGAAGUUUCGGUUCCCCGCAUGCUCCCGCAAACACCAACUACGCUACCGACGGCCAAUGGAAAAGUAACGACGGGAAAAGUGGUUAAGUCCUCCAGCGUGGUUACGCCGACCACCCCGCUGAACAGUGCAAGCACGAUUGCCUGCAGCUCCAGCAGUGUAAACAGCAAAAAAGAAGAAAAGAAAGACAGGAAAUUCUUCGAUAGAAAAGAUAAAACUGACUCCAAAUCGAAUACCAAUAAUGUGAAUGGAUGUGGUAGCCCCAACAUUAGCAAUAAAGAAGAUAAAAAGAAUAAUAAAGAAGAUAAGAAGGGCAAAAAGGAAAGCAAGGAUGACGCCAGUGUAAAAGAAAAGAAAAAAGAUGGCGGUCUCAAGAAAAGAAGAUCUUUGUUGAGCUUGAAGUUUUAGAUAGUCAUUAUAAUUUAAAUGUUUAGCUAUGCAAUAUAACGAAGGAAUAUCUACGCACAUCACGUGUGACAAAAUCGAUGUACAUAUAAAAGAAAUCUAUGGGUCUUUUCCGAGCGGUUCAGAUGGUUACAAUUUUACUAGUACACACAAAUCAAUCAUAUCAAGAAAUAGAAGAACCCCCUGAUAUGUUUUACCGUCAGUUUUACGCAAAUUGUACCUUACGGUACGCCAAAUACAUCUGUUGAAGGCUCAUUCAUGGGUCCGCAAAAACCAUUUUAAUGAUUAUGAAAAAGUUACGAAUGUGCUUGUGCAUAGCGAACCUGUACAUUGAACUGUUACAAAAACAAUUUGUUAGUGUUGACAUACAUAUGUAGUUGAUGUAGUUUUAGAAAUUCAGCUAAAACUUCCAUUUUGUAUCAAUAAGAGUUAUCUUUUCUAACAGACAGUUGUUCAUGAACUACUUUCUCUAAAAAAUCUGAUUAGGUGAUAGAUUCUUUUGAAAAGUUCUCUAUUUUAUUCUUAAGUUAAAAUAGUUUAUAACACUCUGAACAUUUAAUCCUGAGGCCUUCCCUAGCUAUUCCAUCUAUUUAAUGACAAUUAAUACAUAAGCCAACUGUAUUAGGUAGAAUAGUUUAGUUAACAAAUUCGUAAACACAAUAAUGAGAAAAAAAUUUACAAUCAAUUCGAAACAAAGAAAAUAAUAAAAACUAUUAGUUAGAAAUUCGAGCUCUUUUACAUCUAUGUUAAGUUAAGCCAUGCCAUAAACUAAAUGUGUGUUGUGAUUUUCUCUACCAUAUAAAACAGUAGCUUAGCGUAAGUGUUGAUUCAGUAACUAAUUGCUGAGUUAUGGAAUGUAUUUCCAACAUUUCCCAAAAAUCGUGAAAAGCAUGAGCAAAGACUAUCCUAAUUUGUACUCCCAGUGAUGUUACGGCAAGGGGGAAGAAGAGUGAAAUAGUUAUACUACUUGGUAGAUUAGAUGGGUAGGAAAAACUAGCAGGAAGGAUUUAUUAACGGAUGAUGAAGUUUGGAUUCGGAGCUAGCUACUAUUACGUCGAUAGCUGUAGCGUUGUUCUUGUGCAUUUAGCAUAAUAAGUCAAAUAAUAUUUAUUGGAAGUUGAAUCAACUCAUUUUUGUUGCUAUUGGCUGAAUUGUUGAA